GAUGAGGAUUUUAUAAGCUGGGAGAGCAGAGAGAGAGUGUGUGGAUCGACUUGGAAUAUUAGACACUUAUGCUGGGUUCAGUUGCUUGAAUGACACAACCAUAUUCAAGCCUGUUUAGAACAAAUCAAACUCUUCAUUUCAUUAUUCAAGGAAAGCACUAGGAGGUGAAGUCAGCACAAAAAAUGUCUAAAGAAGAAGAAGGGGGAUGUAAGCUGAGCUCCGCCUGCAAGCACAAGGAACGAAAGCCCAAAAAACCUCAUUAUAUCCCACGGCCAUGGGGAAAGCCUUAUAAUUAUAAGUGCUUUCAGUGCCCAUUUACCUGUAUGGAGAAAUCGCACCUAUACAACCACAUGAAGUACAGUCUGUGCAAGAACUCCCUGUCCCUACUGAUAGAAUCCGACUGGCCUUACAAGAAAAGUAAUUUCCUUAUCCCUGAAAUGCAUGUUGUUCAGGAGACCCAGUUAGACAGCAGCUCAGAGAGACAAGAAGCAUGCGAUUCAACUGGACCUAAUGCCAGUAAAAACAGACAGGCUGCUCAGAAAGCUUCUGCCAACACAACAAAUUUCCAGGAGGAAGAAGGAGAGGAAGACGAGGAGGACGUAUCAGACCAAAGUCAGAAGGGAAAGCCCAGAAUUCUAGAACCUUUGCAGAUUAGCCCAUGUAAGAGUGAUGCCAACAUCAGUAUGACAGGGUUAAUGAGUAAGAAAGAGAGGUCGGGAAAGGAAGGAGAGCCUGAGUUCAUCAUUACUAAUGUGUUCUCUUUAGAGGGACAGGGUGACAAGGAAAGAGAAGACCCCAGACUGUCCAAGGCUCCCAGAAAACCUUUAAGUAAUGCAGGAGGGGCCCGGUCUGAACAUUGGAAGCUGCUAUCAAGCUCAGCCAAGAAAAAUGGGCCAGAGAUACAAGCAGGUAGUGCUGGAGCCAAUAUCAUCCCUUGCUACCAACCAUCAACAUAUACAGACUACCAGGAACACCAGGGUCUUUCACUACUGGGCAUCAACUACCCAUUAAAUACCAGCCUCUUCUCAUAUUUAAGCCCCACAGUGUCAAGCAGUUCAGCCCAGCUUCCAUUCUUAGCUUCAACAGCCCAGCUAAUGCAACCUGCUUCCCAAUUCCAAACAUUUCAGAGCACAGAGAGGUCAUCUUUCCUCCCCAGGUUCUACUAUCCAUUGCUGUUUGAGCAUGCAUUUAAUACUGGGGAGAACAAAGUGGCUGCUGCAAAGCCUGUGAGUAUGACUCAAGUGCCAGGGCACCUGUCCUUUAUGCCAACUCCAAAGGCAAAGACGGAAGUGGAGACUCUGAAAACAUGCCUGCACAAGUCCCCAGAGACCAAAAGCAACAUUUCUUGGGGCCCCAGUGACAAGGUAUCAAAGCAAAUGUCCCACCACAAGUCAACACAGGACGAGGAAGUAAAAUGGACAUCCCAAAUAGCAAGAGACGUUCGCCAACAUCAAAAGACAUCUGGAAGCUGUAUAGCCCCCCUUACAAGCAUACAUGAAAGCUCCAUAUCACAGAAAGGGGCAGAAGAUGGGUCUGUUUGGGCAGAGAAGAGUGCUGUGAGGUAUUUGAAGAGAAAGGCCUGGCUGCAGAGUAAUGGGAAAGGGACACCUAUGGACCAGACAGCACUGCUUGACCAGCAACCCCAGGGCCUCCAGAACAGCAAUUCUUGCUCACCCAUUGCGACGUCUCCUAAUGUUUGGCAUGAAAAAAGCCCAAUGAUGGAACCAGGUUCUUGCAAAAGGAGAAGAGAAUCAGAUCCCACCGCAGGUAUCUUGGUACCAAAGAGCAAGAGUGCUUCACUGCUCAUUGGAGACUUCUCCAGGACUCUGGAGGAAUAUGGGAAGGUGGAAAGGAAGCUGUCUAACCUGGCAUCGGAGGACAGCAGCCAGCAGAAAGCUCUCGUAGAACAACUUGGCAAAAUACGCCUUGAACUCCUGCACAUUCACCAUACCCUAGAGAAAACACCCUGCCUGUAUGAAGGACCGUUAGAUCUCUCUGUUAAGAGGGCAGAAGAUGUGAGUAUGGUGGGGGCAGGCAAGACAGCACCAGGUGACUUAGAGACCCCACCACUUUCUGAGUGCCUGCCCAAGCAACUGGUGAAGGUGGAACUGAUGCCACCAGAGCUUGCUACCUGCUAUGUCCGUCCAACCAAGUGUGAAGCAGAUUCCAGCGUACUCCUGUGCCCAGAUGGCAGAAUCGGGGGUCCUGGAAUGGUCCAAACACAUAUAUCCAUACAGGAUGAGGGGGCUGGUGUUGGUGUUAACAUAGGAUUCAGCAAAGAGCAAAAGCAGGGGUGUGAAAAUGUGUAACCUCCUCAGAAAUAUCCUGACAGGGGCAGCCACAAGCAACAAUAUUUCAUAAAUAAUUGGGUGUUGGCAAAAAUGCACUGAGAUAUGUUAAAUAUUGUUAUUUCAUAUACAUAUAAGGAUUUUUAAGAUUUUAUAGGGCUUAAAUGUAAAGGGGGAAAACUUUGGCAGUCAGGAUCUAUGGCUAGAACUUCCAUCCAAUGUUGGACUGGGUCUCCUAGGGUCCACCAGAGAACCGACACUCUCGGUUCACUCACACAGCAAUUAGAUACAGUGUUAACUGGUAUAGGGUUUUUUAUAGGCCCAUAGUAAAAAUAAUAAUAGGCUGAUGCAAAUCUCCUAAGCUGGGGCCCACUGGGAGAUCCUCUGGUAUUCUGCUAGACGUGUCUGACCCUACUCCCAUCGAUAUCCGAGCUCCUGAACCUGCUUGUGAGUCCUUUUUAGAAUUACAAACCCUCUGUAAAGAAGCAGCUUUCCUUUGUACGGCCUAUCUUGUCUGCCACCCUUGGAAAUAUGUGCAAAACUGUUACAGAGCCUUAGGUCACCUUCCAACUAUGGUACCAGCAGCGCACAUCUAACAGACUGCAGUCUAUUUACCAUGCUCGAGUUCCGCUCAGAGAACAUUCUGUAGGUUCAAGUCGUAUGCUCCUGCAGAGAGCCUCGCAGAUAAAAGGACACAACGGCUUCACUUCUUUGCACAUGUAACAUUUACGGGUCUCUCGGGCUUCCGCUGAAUCUCAUUUCCGCACCACUUACUUCACAUACGCACCAAGCCCCGGCCGUAGCCGUUUCGGAUGGUGUGUUAGCGGAUUUGCGAACAAACCUGACUCAUUAAAAAAUAAUUUCACUCUGA